AUGAUUCCCCGCCCGCAACAAGUGCUCCUCUAUCCGACGCACUUUAAAGCGCUCGACAUAACCGCCAAGUUCAAAGCCGAAGGCAGAGUGGGAUUCAAUUGUGCGUCGGGCGCGGAGCGUCAAUGCUUGGCCGAAGACUUUCUGCAAGCACAGGCAAUGUUCAGGCGGGUGUUUGGUGAGUCGCUGCACGGCUACGUGGUGCCGGUGAACGCGUUGAGCGUCUCAAUCGCCGCUGAGAACUUCAACGUCGGCAAGAACUGCUUCGAGUUCGUGCCCGACCAGGGCUCCACACCCGACAGCUUCCUCAGCUAUCAAUUGCUGUCCGAGCGCGUGCACGCCACGUACUACAACGAGAACGGCGUCGAGUACCUGGCUGGCAUCACGUACUUUAUGCAGCUGAGCGGCGAGCAUCCGUGCCUUUUCGAGCAGGCGUCGUUCGACAUCGCGUGGUGCAUUCGCCGCCGAUUUCCCGACGAGCAUGUGGCGCACGACGAGCCGCUGUUCGGCAGGGAUUGCGAGACGAUCGAGAGGCGCGCUCUUGUGGGCUACAGCGAAGAAAGUGCGCAACUGAUGCACUACAGCCUCGACUACGCAAUCGAAAUGCAAAUGAUGCAGUACUGCUUCACGUGUGCAACGGAUAAGGACGUUGCGUCGAGGCCCGUUGGUGAGUGGAGUGUGCCGGUAGCAGAGAUGUUGGGAAUUCCGUGUUCCGUGUUCCGUGUUCCGUGUUCCGCGUUUUUUUUCAAUAUUUUUUCCGUGUUCCGUGUUCCGUAAAAAAAAAAUUUCCGUUUUCCGUGUUCCGUGUUCCGUAGAGUAAAAUUUUUAUUCCCAACAUCUCUGGCCGGUAGGACGGUUGCUAAUUUUAAGUUGUACCAUGUUGGCAACAUGAUGUUGCAGCCGAAAUACUCAAAUCACGCGGGGCGGCAUUGUGGCCCAGAAUGCGGUUCAUGAAAGAGAUUGCAGUCAAAGGUACACGGUUCUCACUUUUUCGAAUUAGACAAUAAAAAAAACAUUCCAGAAGAAUCUGCUGGCGCUUCCACCUCUGCUGAAAUCGAUAAUAGCGAUUCGGAUGUUGAGAUGGAGAUUGUCGAGCUGAAAGACGAGGAUGUCGCACUUUUUCAAACUUCUUAA